AUGUCUGACACUGCGAUGUUCACCUGUGAAGCUAUUAAUUAUAUUGGAAGGUCAAAAUCCUACAUUAAUAUGACCAUUCAAGGAAUCCCUGUUGAACCAGAUGGAAUAAAUAUUAUUGACAAAUCUGGUCGUAGUGUUAAGAUCGCUUGGAAUAAGCCUUUUGAUAGAAACUCUCCUUUCACACGAUAUAUAAUAGAAUACAAACGAAGGAAAGGUUCUUGGGAUUGGAAUGUUGAUCAAGUCAUGGUACCAGGCGAUUCAACAAACGCUGAAAUUAAGGAUCUUAUUCCAAUCACAGACUACAAUUUCAGAAUUUUUGCAGAGAAUGAGAUUGGCCGUUCGAAAUCUUCAAAUAUCAUAACUUUGCUAACAUCAGAAGACAAACUCAGUGGAAAGCCUCACUCAAUUGUUAUUGAUACAAUAAGUCAAACUUCUCUGAAGGUUCGUUGGAAAGCGCCUGCUCGAGAAGAUUGGAAUAGUAAAUACAUCUUAUACAACGUUGUAUAUAAAGAGACUUCAUCAGACAAAAACUUUGAAUUUUAUGUUAAAGAUCAUAUUCCACACUCAAAUGCCAACACAGAACAAACAUUUCUAAUUGAAAAUUUGAAAACAUUUACGCAAUAUUCCGUGGUGGUUCAGGCUUUUAAUAUAAUAGGAGAAGGUCCAUUAAGUAAUGUGGAAACCAAGUACACAGCAGAAAGAACUCCAGAACAACCACCACGUUACAACACAAAUUGCAAAGUAAUAUCAAGUCAAACAAUUGAAGUUUUUUGGAACUCAACAUUUUUAAGGCCAGCAAAUGGAGUAAUCAUAGGAUACAAACUUCUGUAUGCGCCUUCUAAUAUUUGGGAUGAUGAUGAGAAAAAAAACUUAAAAAAAGUUUUUAAACCAUCAAUAACCAUUCAUGGAUUGAAAAAAUUUACAAAUUUUACAUUUCAAGUGUUUGCUUACAAUAGUGAAGGUGACGAUAUUUCAAGUGAUCCAAUAAAUUGUCAAACGGAUGAAGAUUUACCAGAAGUUCCUUCAGCUAUAAAAGCAAUAGGCAUGUCAUAUAGUUCACUUUUGGUUGCAUGGAAACCUCCAAAACAAACUAAUGGGAUCAUCACUCAAUACAAAGUUUAUAUGAAAUCUAAUGUAGCAAACAAAGCAGAAGUUCAAUUUGAAGUUGAAGAAACGGAUGGAACUGCUUGUUAUAAAUCGGGAUUAAAAAAUAAUAUUUACGAAGUGUGUGUAUCCGCAUGGACAAGAAUUGGGGAAGGAGAUUUAUCUGAAUGCAUAACUUUGAAUCUCAAUGAACCAUUUCCACCCAGGAUACCAAUAUUUGAUCAAACAAUUAAAGCAACACUUACGAAAAAUGUUGAUUUACCUUAUUAUACUAUUGGACCCACAAUUUCAAAUAUUUCAUGGCAAUUCAAUGAAGAACUUAAAUUACAAUUUAACGAUAGAAUUAGUCAGUUUCCGGUAGGGUCACUUAAGAUUCGACAGGUAAUUAGACAAGACGCUGGUGAAUACAAAUGUAUAGCAGAAAACUUGAUGGGAACGGACUCAGUCACCUAUAAGUUGAUCGUCUUAGCUCCACCUUUACCUUCUCAUGUUACCACAACCGAAUCAACAAAUCAGUCAGUCCUUUUAACUUCUUCUAAUAAAACAGAUUACAUUGAGAAUGAUGUUAAGAAAUCUGAGAUGGUUCAAGAAGUUGAAAAUCAGGCACUUUCUUCCCAAUCUGUUGAUAAGAGAAUCCGCAAUGCUAUGGACCAAAUUGCAGUUUCUUCAAGAAAUUUAGCUCAACUUUUAAAGCAAAAAAAUCUUCAAGAUCCCAUUCAUAACGAAGUCACUUUACACUUUGUAGAUUGUCUUAAAAAUGUUUUAGAUAAGAAGCAAACUCAAAUGAAUGAACGAAGCGAUUCGAAUGAUCAAUCAGGUAUAGCAGAGAAUUCCAUUAAAUGA